AUGGCAUUACCCCUCGAGCAACGCCUGAACACCAAUUACACUCCAUCAGAUGAAGAGUUACAGGAAAUUCCCCGUAUUCUCGUGGAACCCCAGGCACGCCUUGCAAGGAUGAAUGACGAGAUUGAGCGAGCGCAUGCAACUUUGGACGCAUUGAAGCGUCAGCGCGACGAGCUAGCCCAGCUUAUUGAUCAGUAUCAGGCAUUGACCUCUCCUAUUCGGCGGAUCCCCCCGGAGAUCCUUCAGGAGAUAUUCAUCAAUUGCCUUCCCACAGACCACCCGGCUCUGAUGUCGGAACGUGAAGCUCCCUUGCUUAUUGGGCGUGUUUGUAGCAGCUGGAGGUCGAUUUCACAAUCAACUCCAGAGUUGUGGACAUCGGUUCACGUUUCUGUACCGCACACAACCCCCAUCACUUCAAGAACUUCAAACGUUGAUUAUGUUGUUGUAUCAAACCGUUUGGCAAAAUUGCGAACGGCAGCGUUGCAAGAGUGGUUACAGCGCUCUGGAUCACUCCCGGUCGACAUUUCGUUUAGCCAAUGGCAAGAUGGGGCACGUGGGCCGUUCAACUUUACUAGCGGACCACAACCCAUUGUUGACACAAUCCUUUCCGUUUCUCGGCGUUGGAGGAAGUUUACUAUCGCAGCGCAAGGUCCCAGUAUGUUGUGUCUCCUCACGCGCCCUCAUGACCUUCCCCUCCUAGAGACUCUAGACCUCAGAUUUCCAACUUUGGGGCAAUCAAUUGUUUCUGACAUUCCAAAAUCGGAGUGCAACGUUUUUCGGACACCCUCAUUGCGAAGGCUGUUUUUGUCUCAUGGCUCGGGCGAUUAUCUCGACUAUCCUGUCGACUGGGCGAAUCUUACAGACCUGGCCAUAGAAGGAUAUUUAAUGGCGGGACUGCGUUUACAACAGGCGGUGUAUCUGUUGUCGCAAUGUCCUCAGCUCAUCCGUUGCAGUCUAGAGAUCUCGACGCCGGAAGAGGCGCCUACUCUAUACUCUCCGCUUACGCUUUUCAACCUCAGAUGCCUCUCGAUCUUUGACUCGGGAGUUGACGCCACUAGCAUGUUCGAUUGUCUCGAUCUUCCAGCCCUGCGUGAGGUUGAAUACCAUACUACCUUCCUACCCAGCCCUCACAGGAAGCCCUCCUUACUUGCACUUCUCAGGAAGUCUAACGGAAGAGUCCAGAAACUUACAACAGAUCCUAAACGGUUUAUCAUGGAAGAUCUCAUUCAAUGUCUACAUUUUAUCCCAGACGCAACCACUCUCACUCUGAAGCCAUCCCGCCUUGAUGCGGGCAAUAGGACGUUUGACCCGACAAUUCUGGAUAAGGAACUUCUUUAUUCUUUUCUUCCAUCUGCCAGCGACACUCUUUGCCCCGAGUUAAAAUUCCUGGAGAUUGACUCCCCUUUUAACUUUUCGAGUCAAGAUCUCUUGGAAUUUAUUUUGGAGAAACAGUCCAACGCUCUCUCUGACAUCUCAAAGUUGAACCGCAUCAAGAUUGUUUUCCCUCAUUCUCGAAGGGAGGACAUUAUGCCGCAGCUUACGGAAUUUGUUCAAGAGGGAUUGGAUAUUCACAAUACUCUACUUCAAACACAACGAUCCGUAUGUGGCUGCAACAGGUGUCUUCAAGGUGUCUUGGAGGGACCGCAAUGGGGGGUUGGAGUAGCCUUCUCUCCGGCUGUCUUGAUAGUAACAAUGAGAGAGCGGCAAAGACUUAAAACUUUCCCGACGAUUUUAGAAAGCGUAGCCACUCAAUGCAACACUGACAUCCGACCAAGACAGAUCGCGUUACUAAAUCUUCCCCCUCAACUCCGACUCGCGUUCUUAAGAGCACUCGGCCUUCUUUCAGCAAGCCGUCUGUUUGCUUUUGUAUCAAGUAUUCUUUUUGUUUUCGUAAGAGGUCGAAGAUGGAAAUUCUCCCGGCCUGAGCAGGGAAACAUUGCGAAACGUCUUAACACCAAUUACGCUCCAUCAGAUGAAGAGUUGCAGGAAAUUGCCCGUAUCCUUGUGGAACCCCAGGGGCGCCUUGCAGGAAUGAAUGACGAGAUUGAGCGAGCGCAGGCAACUUUGGACGCAUUGAAACGUCAGCGCGACGAGCUAGCCCGGCUUAUCGAUCAGUAUCGUGCAUUGACCUCACCUAUUCGGCGGAUCCCUCGAGAGAUCCUUCAAGAGAUAUUCACCAAUUGCAUUCCGACAGACCACCCAGCAGUGAUGUCGGAACGUGAAGCUCCCUUGCUUAUUGGGCGUGUUUGUAGCAGCUGGAGGUCGAUGUCACAAUCUACUCCAGAGCUGUGGACAUCAAUCCACGUUUCUAUACCGGGAACAACCCUCAUCCCCUCAAGAACUUCUCCCGCUGAUUAUGCCCUGGUAUCAAACCGCGUGGCAGAAUUGCGAACGGCAGCGUUGCAAGAGUGGUUACAACGCUCUGCAUCACUCCCGGUCGACAUUUCGUUUAUCCAAGGGGAAGAUUGGACGCAUGGGCCGUUCAACUUCAACCGUAAUACUAGUUUGAAACCACAUCCCGUUGUUGACACAAUCCUUUCCGUUUCUCGGCGUUGGAGGAAGCUUACUGUCGCAGCGCAAGGUCCCGGUAUGGUGUCCCUCCUCACGCAACCUAGUGACCUUCCCCUCCUAGAGACUUUAGAUCUCACAUUUCCAACCAUGGAACAAUCAAUUGUUUCUGAGGUGCCGAAACUAAAGUGCAACGUUUUUCGGACACCCUCACUACGAAGACUGUCUUUGUUUCAAAGCUCAGGCGAUUGCCUCGACUAUCCUGUCGACUGGGCGAAUCUUACAGACCUGGCCAUUGAAGGAUAUCUAGGGGAGGGACUGCGCUUACAUCAGGCGAUGUAUCUGUUGUCGCAAUGCCCUCAGCUCAUCCGUUGCAGUCUGGAGAUCUCGAUGCCGGAAGAGGCGCCUCAUCAAUACUCUCCGCUUACGCUUUACAACCUCAGAUGCCUCUCCAUCUUCGAGGGAGUUGAUAUCACCAGCAUGUUCGAAAAUCUCGAUCUUCCAGCCCUGCGUGAGGUUGAGUACCAUACUUCCUUGGCACCCAACCCUCACAAGAAGCCCUCCUUACUUACACUUCUCAGGAAGUCGAGCAGAUCAGUCCAGAAAUUUACAACAGAUCCUAAACGGCUUCUUAUGGAAGAUCUCAUUGAAUGUCUGCAUUUUAUCCCUGACGUAACCACCCUCACUCUGAAGCCAGCCCGCAUUAAUAAAAGUAAUAGGUGGUUUGACCCGACAUUUCUGGAUAAAAAACUUCUUUAUUCUUUUCUUCCAUCUGCCAGCGACACUCUUUGCCCCAAAUUAAAAGUCCUGGAGAUUGACUCCCCUUUUAACUUUUCGAGUCAAGAUCUCUUGGGAUUUAUUUUGGAGAAACAGUCCGACGCUCUUUCUGACAUCACAAAGUUGGAGCGCAUCAAGAUUGUUUUCCCUCAUUCUCGUAGGGAGGACAUUAUGCCGCAGCUUACGGAGUUUGUACAAGGGGGAUUGGAUAUUCAGUUGAUUUAUACUGAACCACUCGCAAUGGCAAUGUUUUCGCCCUCGCGAGGUCUUCCUACCGCAAUUUGGGCGUAA